CCUACACACCGGCUCCAGGACAAACCUCUUCUCAAAGUCCAGCAGCGAAUGCUCCGAUCUCCAACGCGGCCAACAUUCUUCCGACCACAUCGACCGGAUAUGCCCUCGUUCUCCCGGAAGUGGUUUGUGUGCUUUCCAGCCAGCCCGUGUUUCGGCAACUCGUCCGCGUUCCGGAAAGUCACCCUCCUGGCACUGGUGUGCGCGUCCCAGCAGUGGCCCGCGUUCAGAAGAGUCGUCCUCCCGGUAGUGGUUUGUGCGCGUCCCAGCAGCAGCCCGCGUUUCCGCAACUCGACCGUGUUCCGGAGGGCCGUCCUCACGGCAGUAGACUUACUUAUUUUUCAAUGGUUGGUUGGUUAA